UCUACCGGAGGAGAGCCAGGUUAAGUUGGUGUCUCUUGAUUAGCAGUUUUAGGCAUCAGUAAAACGGUGAAUAAUUAAUACUCCGAGGGAAAGUAUAAAGGGAAUUGUGGUCUCUCACCUAUGAAACCGUGGUAAGCAACUUUUUUUUUCCAACGGAAACAUCCGCGAGAAAGUUUUCCAAUGCUGAUAAUGACUUUAGCUAACGUUACCGUGUUUUUGCGUGAAUAGUAAGCUAGCAGCAAUGGAGGGUGCAUUUCUGGUAAUUUCCUGGUAACCAGCUGCUUAGAAUGAGUGACUGAGUAAACAACUGCUGUGAGAAGAAGACGGAGAAAGGACACCUGUGGACAGGAGAGAAUUGGACAGCCGCCGAGAUGGAGUUGUCUUUGGUGACGGAGCUGAGUCCAGUGGGAAAUGGCAUGACGUGGUUCCUGAAAACUUUGCCACCAUGAGGGACAGGGGACUUCAAAUGGGCGGUCCGGGCCAUGGUGGCAGGAGUCUAUGAAAGGCAGCCCAUGUUUCUUUCUCCCCUGCCAUGUCCUUCAACUCUUGCUGAGCAGAUGCCAGAUGGGACACAUAACCUUUUCAGCAUGUUCUGAAUCUGCUCCCUGGUGUCCUCCCAGUUGGACACACCUAGAAUACCUGCACAGUUUGGCGACCACAUGACGAUGAGGAACCAGCUUUGACGAUCUGCGGAUGUCCACCCCCCCUCCCCGGACCAUUCGGCUUCCACAACGCGUCCAGCAAACUCUCCAAGAGGGAGGCUCUUACUUCUUAUUACCCAGGAGGACAAAUGUUAUCUUGACCAUUUAUUGUAUUUAUCACCAGGACUGAAGUUGUCCAAACUGUGAAGUCUGUAAAGGACUGAACAUACCCAACGGCACUUACCUGGCACGGAAUGAUCUGGACUGAACUGAGCUCAAGUGAAUUUGGCUGGAGACAGAUUAAGUCACGUUAGCUCCACUAAGGAGAGAUGAAUUGAAUUCAGGCUAACCUGAACUUACAAUUGCUGACACCCUUUAAUUUCUUAAAGAAUACUCUCCUCCCUUAGAAACCUUUUUAGGAGCCCCUUUCUUCAAAAAGCCAAAACCCUUAAGUGUCCACCCUAGAUUCCCUCACUUCCUCUGACCCUCUCCAAGGGUCUUGAACAGGCUCACAUUUUAUUGAGGAGGAAUCAUCUCCUCCUCCCCCUAAAAUCCUUACGACCUCUUCCUUUUGUCCAGACAUGGAUCUCCACAGGGCAGCCUUCAAGAUGGAGAGCUCCUCCUACCUGCCCAAUCCCCUGGCCUCCCCGGCCCUCAUGGUCCUGGCCUCCACCGCUGAAGCCUCUCGCGAUGCCUCAAUUCCCUGCCAGCAGCCACGUCCUUUUGGCGUCCCAGUAUCUGUUGAGAAAGAUGUACAUUUGCCAUUCAACAAUGGUUCUUACACUUUUGCAUCAAUGUACCACCGCCAAGGUGCAGUUCCACCAGGAUUUCCCAACAGGGAUUUCCCUCCGUCCCUCCUUCACCUCCAUCAUCAGUUUGCCCCACCUAACCUGGACUGCUCGCCAAUCAGCAUGCUAAAUCACAGCGGCGUUGGCGCCUUCAGGCCUUUCGCCUCACCUCCAGAAGAUCGGGACGGAGCACCAGGCGGGUAUCAGUCUGCUUUCACCCCAGCCAAGCGCCUCAAAGGCUGCCUGGACGCAGAUGCUUCACCUCACCUGCGGUACUCUGACGCAGAGGGGAAAGAGUACGACUUUGGCGGUGCCCAGAUCCCUCCCGGAGGCUCGCCCAGCAGCGCCUUGAAAGCAGUGGAGGACAGUGGGAAAAAGAUCUUCGCUGUGUCAGGCCUCCUGUCUGAUCGAGAGACUUCCUCCAGCCCUGAGGACCGCAUAGAGCGCUGUGAGUAA